AUGUUACUAUUGUUAAUUGCAAAUCUUAUCAUUCUACCGGUGGCAAUUUCUUUCUUUAAUGAUGAUUUAAGCAUACAUUGGAUUGUAUUCAAUUGUGUAUCAGAUACAGUAUUUCUUAUUGAUAUUGGAGUGAAUUUUCGUACAGGAAUCAUUAAAAAUAAUUUCGCUGAUGAAAUUAUGCUUAAUCCGAAAGAAAUUGCACGACAAUAUUUGAAAACAUGGUUUCUUCUAGAUUUAUUAAGCUCAUUACCAUUGGAUUAUAUAUAUCUUAUUUUACAUGAUAAUGAAAAUUUCACACAAUUUGUACACGCUGGCCGUGCACUACGAUUUCUACGAUUUGUAAAACUUUUAAGUUUGAUACGACUUUUAAGAUUAUCUCGACUGGUUCGUUAUGUCAGUGAAUGGGAAGAAUUUAUUAAUUUAGCCAGUAAAUUCAUUGGGAUAUUUAAUCUUGUUUUAUUGUUACUAUUAUUGGGACAUUGGAAUGCUUGUUUACAAUUUCUAAUACCAAUGUUACAUGAUUAUCCAGUGGAAAGUUGGGUAGCCAAAGGUAAACUACAAAAUGCUUACUGGUUUGAUCAAUACACUUGGGCAUUGUUUAAAGCUAUGUCACAUAUGUUAACCAUUGGUUAUGGAAGAUAUCCACCGACAAGUUUAAGUGAAGCAUGGGUCACAGUGAUCAGUAUGGUUACUGGAGCGACUGGAUAUGCUUUAUUUGUUGGUCAUGCAGCAGCAUUAAUACAAUCAUUUGAUUGUUCAAAACGUCUUUAUAGAGAGAAGUUUAAACAAGUGGAUGAAUAUAUGGCUUAUAGAAAACUUCCACGUGGUCUACGUAAACGGAUUGCUAGUUAUUAUGAACAUCGUUAUCAAGGCAAAAUGUUUAAUGAAAAUGAAAUUCUUAAUGAAUUGUCUGAAUGUUUAAAAGAGCAAAUUAUCAAUUACAAUUGUCGUGCAUUAGUUGCAGCUGUACCAUUUUUUACAUUUGCUGAUCAAAAUUUUGUCUCAGAAGUAGUAGUGAAAUUACGUUAUGAAGUAUUUCAACCGGGUGAUUUAAUUAUCAAAGAAGGUACAAUUGGUACAAAAAUGUAUUUUAUUCAAGAAGGUAUAGUGGAUAUUGUGACAAGAGAUGGUGAAGUAGCUACAAGCCUAUCAGAUGGGUCAUAUUUUGGAGAAAUAUGUUUAUUAACUAACGCCCGCCGUGUAGCCAGUGUUCGAGCAGAAACAUACUGUAAUGUUUACUCAUUGGAUAGAGCAAGUUUUUUAGAAGUACUUGAUAAUUAUCCAUUAAUGCGUAGAACUAUGGAAUCAGUUGCAGCUGAACGUCUGAAUAAAAUUGGACGUGAUCCUUUAGUUGUUAGCAGUCGUAAAGAUUUGUAUGAUGAUUUAAAACUGGUGAAUGAAAUAGUGAAUCAGGCGAUUAGUGAAGCAGACGAUGCACAAAUCGAAGGAGACACAGAAGAUAGCGCUGAUGAAGAUGGGAUUGAUGGCUGUGGAACUGGAGAUCAUAUUCAUACUACUAAUAGUACUAGUCGAGUUAGUGCAAGUAACCCGCGUAAACAUGAUGAACGAAAUUAUCAUCCAUAUAAAAUAAUCAACAAAUUCUCUCAUCCAGUUAACUAUUUCAAACGACGUAAAUCAUCUCAUUGGAAUGCAUUGAUGUUACGUAAAAGUUCUGAACCGGAAUGGUGGCAUCAUCAUUCAUCGGUUGAUAAAUUAGGCACAUCAACUUUAUUGAAUACAGGUAUUCGUAAAUGGUAUCAUAUGAAACAACAACGUAAAUCAAAUAUUCCAAAAAUAAUGAAUAAAACAAAAAGUGUUGACAAUUUAACACUAUUCACUGUAUCCCCUAACUUAUCGCAUCGUUGGCAAUCAACAACAAAACCAACACCAGUGAAUGUGACAGUGUCGGUAAUCGAUGAACCGGAUGAUGUAUCACCGAAAGAGUUGACCACAUCAAAUUCAUUGGUAAAAAUUAAUGAACCACAAAACACCGACAAUUAUCAUCACCUAUCAGUGGAUAAUAAUAAUAAAUGA